AUGUCCGAGCUGAUGGAUGCUUCAAGCAGCAAGUAUGCUGUCAGCAGCGCGGGCAAGGGCAGCGCCUCGUUUGAUGACGAGUUCGGCUUCAGCGAGUUCGAGUCGGGGGGGGAGAUUGCUGGCGGCGCCCGCGCCGCUAUCGCCGCCCUCAGAGGCAACGGCAUCAGAAAGAGGGCAGCGGAGCCAGACGCAGCCGCGGGCGAGCCAGCGAAGCAGCCAAGGCGCAGGUCGACUGGCAAGCCGUGCCCGCUUCCUUCCUGCUCAGACGAGAUUGAUGGAAACAAGAAGUUCUGCAACAAACACCAUCGCGUCUACGAGUGCUUGGAGCGGCGCGCGUUCAAGGGGGUGAAUCACGCCAAGCCCGAGACGGAGAACGAGGAGUCCAGGUCCUUCAAGAAGAUCUUCGGCUACAAGCCAGGCAGGAAGGGCGGUGAGCCGCAUGGUGCAGAUUGGGAGCUAGCCGACGAGGUGAUGACCGACAUCCUCGCCAAGCACCCAGACAUAGAAGACGCCCAAAGCAGCAGGUCUACCCAGUCGCGUGGUAGCGACGUCAGGUUGUCCAACUACAUCAGUCGCAAGGGCACUCAGAGGGAGAACUCUGACAUCGCAGCCAGGCCCAUGUGGGACAAGGAGUUUUUCGUGAGGAAGAUGCAGGUGCUCCGGCCUUGGACGGAGGCUCGUUGCAACAAUGAGUGGGCAGCGCUCGAGAUGGACACGCCUGACGACCAGAAGGACAUGCGCGGGCCUCCUGAAAGCCCACUUCGCCUUCCUGUUCCAGCGUGGCUGGUGGGCGAAGACAAGCUCGAGCAGAAGACGACGAACUUCCACGCGCAGGAGAUGAUCACCAAGUCGGCGAAGGGCAAGGCCAUGACUGAUGAAGCCGUCGCCAGCGCAGUCAAGGAUUGUCAGAGAGGUUUUGAUUCACUAGCGCAUGCCAGCACCAUCAGCGCAGUGCAGGCGCCAUCGAGUCGGGCUAUCAACGCAGGUGAUGCUGGUAAGCUCGCAGCCGAGAUCAUGGUCAAGCACGGGGCGUCCAAGCCCUCAGCAGGUGCCGAAGGCGCUGGCGACGCAGCAGCCAAAGAUCCAGCAGAUGAAGCAUCCACGCAGCCGUUCGCGAAGAAGCAGAAGGGGCAGGACAAUGUCAAGUUCGACGUGGGUGUUACGAGGCUGACGAUCGCUGAGACACAGAGGAAAACGUUAAGUUCCGAGGAGUCCAAGCUGAUGAAGGCAUUGGCAGUGGCCUGCAAGACGAUUGCGACGUGCCCAAAUGCUAGUGCCGAGGAGAAGAUGAUGUUGCAGGAACGGUUUGAUCUCGGAUGUCGCGUCCUUGACAAAAAGAUCGAGUACGAUUCUACCAGCGGCAGCAUCACAGAGAGCGAGUACAGCGUGACAGAGUUGCUGGAGAAGAUGAAGGGCCAGUUCAAGAAGACGGAGGGUCAAGAGGAGAUGGACUUCCCCGAGCACCUCAACAGCGAGGGUACGUUCUGCGACUACAUCCUGAAGAACAUGCUCGCCUCAGCUUGCUUGUUGCCCGUUGACGACACCUCGAAGAUCGUUUGGAUGAAACGCAUGAACGAGCGGUGCCAGAGCAUCCGGUCAGCUACUACACCAAAGGAGAUCGAGGAUGCCGAAUCAGCGAUGGAGGACUUCAAAUCCAGCAUGGAGCAGCUCCGCAACUGCAUCAUCACCAUCGCCAAGGCUGCCAAGACCUCGAACGCCAACCACAUGAAGAAGAUUGUGGCCACUUACGACAGCGAGGAGAAGCUCAAGGAGGAGCUGCAGACCAGCGCGGACAUCAUGGACAGCCCCUUCAAGCUGAAGGCGUCGGCCACUGCGGUUGCAGCACUCGCAAAAGAAGACGUCAAGACGGGUGACAAAGCUACGGCUCCCAUGCAAGAGUCGCAUGGCCUAGCAGACGUCACGCCCAUCUUCGAGGUAGUCGCACCCAAGUCCAAGUUUGCAGAUGUGACCAAGCACCCGGUGGUGAAUGCAGCGUCGGAGAGGAUUUGGUUUUUCGGGCUUCUCCCAACCUACGUGGACAUGGGCUUCGAGUCAGAUCUGAUGGGAAGUGCCAAGUACUUCUACGAGGGCAGCAUGAAGGUGAUAUACCUCAAGGGUGCCGACCUGAAGAGCAAGAUGGGCACAGCGAAGGAGUGGUGCGAGAAGAAGGAGAUCGGCUGCUGCUGGACGACGGUCAACGCAGGCGAGUUCGUGGUCACGCCGCUAGGGUGGUUUGCGUGCAGCUCAUGCACUCCCACGGGGCCGAGGUGCGUUGGCAUCAGGAAGUUGCUGCUCGUCCAGCGGCAGGCCGCCAUUGAGAACCUCGAGUCUCUCAUCGAGGUGCCCAGCCUGAAGAACGAUCGCGUGCAGUCCGCCCUGGACAUCUUG